CAAUCGCACCCAAACCACGUGCAAGGACAGAGUCAGAAAAGUAUUACCUCACAGCACGCUUAGAAAAGCGACAGCCAUUACCAGAUAUAUCUGAUGAGCCAAGUUGCACUUUAUCAGUUGUAGUUCCCGCCUACAAUGAGACUGAACGAAUGCCUUCAAUGUUACAUGAAACAGUUAGUUAUCUGGAAAGUCGAAAACUUAAAGAUCAAACUUUUCAAUAUGAGCUCAUAGUGGUAGAUGAUGGAAGUACUGAUGGUACAUCCAAAACAGCACUAAAAUAUGGUCAAGUUAAUCCACAUGUAGAUUUAAGAGUCUUGACUUUGGAAAAGAACAGAAAGAAAGGUGGCGCAGUUACUCAGGGGAUUUUAUCAUCCAGAGGUAAAAAUAUACUUUUUGCGGAUGCGGAUGGGGCUACAAAGUUUUCUGAUCAUGAAGUUUUAGAAAAAAGAUUGCUUGAAGUUAUAGAUGAAAAUGGAUUUGGUGUAGCUGUUGGAUCUCGAGCACAUUUAGUGAAUACCGAAGCCGUUGUAAAGUUAUUUACUCGUAAAUCAGCUUUAUAUAUAUUCCACAAUAUGCAUGUGGAAGGCUGGAUUUUUGAUAUCGAAGUUCUUCUUAUUGCACAAUAUUUUAAUAUGCCAAUUGUUGAGGUUCCAGUAACUUGGCAUGAAAUUGAUGGUUCCAAGGUGUCAUUGAUUAAGGAUUCAAUCAAAAUGGCAAUUGAUUUAUUAACUAUUCGACUAUGUUAUUUGUCUCGUUUCUGGAGCAUUCGUGAACCACUACUAAGAUUAAAACGUGAUUAA